CAUCCUAUAGCUUCACCACAAAAAAUGGCACUUUCUCCUACUCGUUCUUAUUCUUUUUCUUUAUCAUCAUCAUCUAUUGUUGCACUAGGAGUGUUCCUACUUCUUGUAGGAACCUCUUCAGCUCAACUCUCUGAAAACUUUUAUUCUAAGAAAUGUCCAAAGGUUUUUGGCACUGUGAAAUCUGUUGUUAAAUCUGCUGUGGCCAAAGAACCUCGCAUGGGAGCAUCUAUUCUUCGCCUCUUUUUUCAUGAUUGCUUUGUUGAUGGUUGUGAUGGGUCAUUACUACUUGAUGACACUCCAUCCUUUAGGGGAGAGAAGACUGCAGCUCCCAACAACAAUUCUGUGAGAGGUUUCGAAGUAAUUGAUGCUAUCAAGACUAAGGUGGAGGCAAUAUGCCCCUCUGUUGUCUCAUGUGCUGAUAUCUUGGCCAUUGCUUCUCGUGACUCUGUUCAGCUUCUUGGAGGGCCAUUUUGGAAAGUAAAACUUGGAAGAAGGGAUUCUAGAACAGCCAACUUCACAGCUGCUAACACUGGUGUUAUCCCACCUCCCACAUCUAACCUCAGCAACCUUAUCUCAACAUUUCAAGCUCAAGGGCUUUCUGCUAAUGACAUGGUUGCCUUAUCUGGGUCUCACACAAUUGGGAAAGCAAGGUGUACUAGUUUCAGAAAUCGCAUAUACAAUGAAAGCAACAUUGACAAUUCAUUUGCUAAGGCUAGGCAGAGAAAGUGUCCAAGGACUAGUGGUUCAGGAGACAACAAUCUUGCAGUUCUAGACUUUAGAACUCCUGAUCAUUUUGACAACAAUUACUACAAAAACCUCAUCAUCAAAAGGGGACUCCUCCAUUCUGAUCAAGUGCUUUUCAAUGGUGGAUCUACUGAUUCACUUGUUAGAACUUACAGUAAGAAUAAUAAGGCCUUUGAUUCUGACUUUGUUAAAGCAAUGAUUAAGAUGGGAAACAACAAACCCUUAACUGGGUCACAAGGAGAGAUUAGGAAGAACUGCAGGAAAGUGAAUUAAGACUCAUAUUAUCUUAUUUGUUGUAAACUUUGUGCCCCCAAAAGUGGGAAAGUUGUUUGGUAAG